AAGUAAUUUGAAUUCUAUUCUUGCCUUUUUGAUAAAAGUAACAAAUUUUAUUCUAAUAAAAUGUUUUUCUACGUUAUUUUUGUUUGUUUCUUAAUUUCUACAGUACAAGUUGAGGCCAAAUCCAAGAUAAAAAUACCAUCAUGGGAAGACUGUGGUGGUCGAGAUGCAAUAAUAAAAGUUCAUAAAAUCGACCUUGACAAUCCAAUCAGAAUCGGUAGAGAAGAUCCCAUCCGAAUUUCAGUUAACGCCACCCAAGCGACACCAAUUUCAGGGGACUCAGUGGUCACCAUAAAAAUCAACAAAAACCUGAGAGUUCUUGGUCAAAAUUUACCGAUUUGGGUUCCCUGUCUCAAUGGAAUCGGUUCUUGUACAAUGACUUUGUGUGAGAUUUUCAAGAUUCACCGGAAACUCGUUUGUGCCAUCCUUGAAUCUGCUAAUCAAGAGUGCAAAUGCCCAUCGGAACCCGGCGAUUAUGUAGCCAAUGUUAAUUACCAACUCAACUUCGGUCUCUUCCCUCCAGCCUUAUUAGCCAUUGGAAAUGGAGAUUAUUCCAUGAGCAUGAAGAUUAACCAUGAGGAUAAAGAAUUAGCUUGUAUGAAAGUUAACGUUGGAGUUAAAUUCGUAUAAAUUACCGAUAAUUAAAAAAAAAACGAGCAAAAAAACAGCAAAAGAAAACCAAUGAUCAGAAAAAAAAAUCCAACAGUGAAAGUGAAUCACAAAGACGAAUCACCAACAAAACGACAAUUUAACUUUCCAACGAUUCAGAUUAGUCAAUCUGAUCUAAUCAACAAUUAAAAGAAUAACAAUCAACACAAGCAAAGAGUAAACUUGUUGCAUUUCACUUUCAAAUGUCUCUAUCGUUGAUCAAAUGAUUUUUUUGCGAUUAAAACACAACAAAACUCAA